AUGAAAAUCUUGCUCGGGGACCUGCUGCUGCUCAGCCUCCUCUCCAGUGUGUUCAGCAGUUGUCAGAGGGACUGUCUGACCUGCCAGGAGAAGCUCCACCCAGCCCUGGACAGCUUCAACAUGGAGACGUGUAUCCUCGAGUGUGAAGAGAAGGCCCUCCCCAGCCCUCUCUGGACUCCAUGCACCAAGAUCAUGACCAAGGGCUCCUGGAAGCUCAGCCCUGCUGACCCAGAGCAUGUGACUACUGCUCUUGACCAGCCCAGAGCCUCUGAGAUGCAGCACCUGCGAAGGAUGCCCCGAGUCAGGAGCCUGUUUCGAAGGCAGGAAGAGACAGAGCCCAGCACGCUUGAGGCUGGAGACGUGGAGCAGAAGCAACUGCAGAAGAGGUUUGGGGGUUUCACGGGGGCCCGGAAGUCGGCCAGGAAGCUGGCUAAUCAGAAGCGGUUCAGUGAGUUUAUGAGGCAGUACCUGGUCCUGAGCAUGCAGUCCAGUCAGCGCCGGCGCACCCUACACCAGAAUGGCGUCCGAGCGAUCCCCAAAACAGCAUGUGUCCAGCCCCAGACCUGCCGGCUGGGAAUCAGGACCCCUUCUCUGCCGAGGCACUGA